AUGUUGACCAAGAGCCUCUUCACCACGUCCAUGCUCGCAGCUCUUGCUGCUGCCGCUCCUGCUCCUCAGGACGGCUACAGCGUUCCUCCUCUGGAACAGACUGGUGAUGUCCCAGGCUACACCAACGCGGAUGCCAGCUUCUCCGUUACUUUUAUGCCAGACGCCACUCCCGCUUCGGUCUUUGGUCCUGACUCCCAGGUUGCUGCUAUUCCCACCGCACCUGGCUCAGCUCCUCCCCGCAGGAGCUCAGAUGUCACUGGCGCCACUAGCCAUGGACCAUACGAGGGUACUCCCACCACCACUGGAGCUGAGAAGGCGCCUACCACUAUUGGCACUGCCAUCGCUCCUCUGCCACCGAACCCUACGGCUACCUACUACAACACCAACGGCAAGCCUCAGGACCCUAUGCCAAUCCCCUACAUGCCUGCUGGUGGUCUUGGUACCAACGGUACUGAGCCCCGCUACAUGGUAAACAGCGAUUUCGACUACGAGUCCAUCACCCUCGGUCUGUACCAGGAGUGGAUCGAGCUCGACUUGUUCAACAACGGUCUUGCCGUCUUCUCGGAGCAGGACUUCCUCGACGCCGGUCUCACUGCUGAGGACCGCGCCUACAUUGCCUUCAUGGCUAUCCAAGAGACUGGCCACGCCACUCUUCUUACCAACAUGCUCGGCGAGACUGCUCCUCCCCAGUGCACUUACAACUACCCUUACCGCACCGUCCGUGAGUUCAUUGACUUCAACAUGAAGGUCACUCGCUGGGGUGAGUCUGGUGUCUGGGGUUUCCUUGCCCACAUGGAUGCUCGUGAGGUUGCCAACCUCCUGUCUCAGUCGAUCGCUACCGAGGCCCGCCAACAAAUCUCUUUCCGCCAGAUGCUUGGCCUUCCUCCUCAGCCCGUAUGGUUCGAGACUGGUAUUCCCCAGUCAUGGCAGUGGACCUUCCUCGCUCCUUACAUUAGCUCUUGCCCGGAGAACACUACCCGUCUCGCAUGGCAAAACUUCCCGGCUCUGUUCAUUGACAACCAGCCCAACCCCAACCGCUUCUCACCUAACGACACCAAGCCCCACGAGGUUGCCGGCGACCGUAUCUCUGACCCCGCCGACUCUACCAUUCCCGCUGAUGAGAGCUGUGUAAACAUCAACGGUACUGAGCAUCCCGGCUACUCUUGCGGCCCUGCCAUUGCUCGCAACCGCUCCGAGCCCCUCUCCUUCCCCGGCAAGCUCGUCAACUUGACCUGGGAGAACCCCGGCCAGGCUGUCGGCCCCAACAACUCCUACGUCACUGACACCACUGCUGGCGCCCCUGUCUUCGUUGCCUGGGUCUCGCAGCUCAACUUGACCUACACUCCUCUUGAGAUUACUGGCAACAACACCGGUUACACCUACCAGCCCGCUGGUGAGGUUUACCAGGGCGACCCAGCUGUCAACGACACCAUGUUCGUUGCUCUUACCGACGCGAACCCAUUCCUUACUCCCUUCAACUUGAGCAUGAUCAACCCUCACGUUGUCGCUCUCGGUCUGUACCAGGCUGGUUAA